GCAUCACCGGCACCGGUAGUUAAGGGAGAAAACCUGAAGAGCGAUCCGUCUCGCUUCGAUCCUCCGGCAAACAAUCGGCGCUCUUUCGCCGGCAAUCGUACUCCGGAGAGGUGUCUGCGAGGGAAAAACUUCGGGCGUUAGCCGUUAGGCGAUUUCGGCGACAUUAUGGAAAGUCACGGUUCCGGAUUCCGCCGCGUUCUCGUCCUAGCUUUCUGCGUCGCCGGCAUUUGGUCUGCGUAUAUCUAUCAAGGCGUUCUCCAGGAGACUGUAUCAACGAAGCAAUUUGGUCCGGACAAAAAGAGGUUUGAACAUUUGGCUUUCUUGAACCUGGCGCAGAAUGUGGUUUGCCUGAUAUGGUCUUUCUUAAUGAUACAGAUUUGGUCUAAUGGGGGCAGUGGUGGUGCUCCCUGGUGGAGCUACUGGAGUGCUGGCAUUACAAAUACUAUUGGUCCUGCAAUGGGGAUUGAAGCCCUAAAGUACAUCAGCUACCCUGCACAGGUUUUGGCAAAAUCUUCAAAAAUGAUUCCUGUGAUGCUAAUGGGUACUCUCGUUUACGGCAUAAGAUAUACCAUUCCUGAGUAUGUCUGUACACUACUUGUCGCUGGUGGAGUUUCCACUUUUGCACUUUCAAAGACUAGCUCAAAAACUAUAAGCAAGCUGGCACACCCAAAUGCUCCACUUGGAUAUGGACUGUGUUUUUUGAAUCUUGCAUUUGAUGGUUUCACCAAUGCUACCCAGGAUUCCAUUGCACUAAGAUACCCCAAGACGAGCGCAUGGGAUAUAAUGCUGGGGAUGAAUUUAUGGGGCACCAUAUACAACAUGGUCUUCAUGUUCGGUUGGUCAUUGCGGUCGCCUAUGCUCCGCCAGGUCAAGACGUCCGUCGUGGCAGAGGAGCAACGACUCGCGGAACCCGCUCUCCGGGAAACAGUGGUCGAGCGUCGCGAUGGUCUUCUCGGGUUUGUCGUACCAAAUUUACUUGAAGUGGAUGAGACGACAGAAGUUGCAAAAGAAACGUAAGUCGACUUGAUUUUCUUUCCUUCUGUUAGCUACUAUAGAGAGAGAGAGAGAGAGAGCGGGGGGGGGGGAGUCUGCCACUGAGAAUAUGUAGUCUAUAAUAUCUGAUUCAUAGAAGUUCUUUUAGGCUUUUUUUUCUUGUGUUAUUGAUGAAGAAGUCUUGUGAUGCUUUUUGUAUUAGAAAAUCAAAGAAACCAAACAUUUGACUUUCAUUGUUGUGGAAUUGAAGUGAU